UUUACUAAGACAGUAGACUGGUCUUCUUCGGCCUCCUCUUCGUCCUUCUCCCUGAUGGCCGUCACUCCAUCCCUCUUCCAUCGUCCCGGUCUUCUCUUCUCCACUCUCCCAUUGCAGACUUCCUCUCCCCGCACACUCCUUCCUUGUCCUCUCAUUCUCCCUCCCACCUCAAGAUUCGCACUCAUCAAUACCUCAAGGCAGGCUGCAUCGCCGCCGGCGGCCACGCUGCGCGUCGUCUUCACAGGCGGCGGCACAGGGGGACACAUCUACCCGGCGAUCGCGAUCGCCGAGGCGAUCAAGGACGCCAGCCCCGACGCCGAAAUCCUCUUCAUCGGCUCCGGCGCCGGCCUUGAGGCAGCCGCCGUCCCCUCCGCCGGCUUCACCCUCUCCACCAUUCCCCCGGCGCGCCCCUCCCGACCCCUCCUCUCCCCCUCCAACCUCCUCCUCCCCUUCCGCCUCAUCCUCGCCGUCGCCGCUAGCUCCCGGAUCCUCCGCCAGUUCCGGCCCCUCGUCGUCGUGGGCACCGGGGGGUACGUCGCCGCGCCUGUAUGCCUCGCCGCCGCCUUGUCCGGCAUCAAGAUCGUCAUCCAGGAGCAGAACAGCCACCCGGGGCUGGUGAACCGGCUGGCCGCGCCGUGCGCGGAGACGAUCUUCGUUGCCUUCAAUGCCUGCGUGAAGCAUUUCGACCGUAAGAAGUGCUUGGUGUACGGAAACCCGGUGAGGGUCGCUUUGCGGCGAUACGUCUCCAAGGCGGUGGCGCGGUCGCACUUCUUCCCCAAGGCGGGGCCGAAGAGCGGCGAGGACAAAGCGCAGGUCGUGCUCGUGCUAGGGGGCUCAUGUGGGGCGGAAGCUAUCAAUAUAGCGGUUCUCAACAUGUACUACGAGAUGUUGCUGCAGCACAAGAACAGGCUCAUCAUUUGGCAAACGGGAGCCGAUGGCUUCAACGAAAUGGAGAGUCUUGUUAAGGUGAACCGACGAUUGCAUCUUACACCGUUCCUGCAUGAGAUGGAUUUGGCUUAUGCUGCAGCUGACGUGGUUGUUUCUCGUUCUGGGGCGAUGACUUGCACUGAGAUCUUGACCACCGGAAAGCCAUCGAUUCUGAUACCAUUACCUAAUGCUGCAGAUGAUCAUCAAACAAAGAAUGCAUACAUUAUGGCAGACAUAGCAGGAUCAAAGGUCCUUACAGAAGAUGAGCUUGAUUCUAGUAGUCUCGAAGAGGCAAUUGAUGAUAUUUUAGGAAAUGAAAGUCUCAUGGCUGAGAUGUCCGAGAGGGCACUGAGUGCUGCACGUCCUGAUGCUGCAUCUGAUAUCGCACAGUGCAUUCUUUCUCUUGUCAACCCAUCCUCUUCAAAAUGAAUUUGAAUGUCGAAAAAAGCAUUCCUCCUUUGGACGUCAGUACUAUUUCACGCUCGUUCGAUUGGUGUAUGGCUUGUUCUCAUUUUAUAUUCCUUGCAUGGAAUGAAAUUAUUAUCAGGCAAGUGUUUUCAUGUAUAUGUAGAUGGGUAAAUGAGUGAGGCUUGUUCUCUCGAAGUUUUAGUGGUGUGAGAUCUCUUCACAUAGAUGUUUGGAGCCUAAAAGCAACUGUUGUUAGCCACAUCAGCCAUGUAUGGUUUUAACCUAGGCUUUUACAACAGCAUUGUGGAGAUCAUUUAACAUUCAUCCAUUGGUUGUAUGUUGAUGAUGCUCAGUUUGUCACUCAAAUAUUCAUUCCAAUUUUUUGUUUUCUUUAUAA